GCUAUUUUUUCGAUAGAAAAUAUAUUUCGAUUGAUUGUUUAAUUAAUUAAACAACAAUAACAAUUAUUUAAAAUUCGCGGUUAUUUAAUGUGUAGCACACAGUGUUGCCUCGUGUGUUUUUCAAUGAUAAUUUCAAAUUGUAAUGUAAAAAAAGAGGCCAGUCAAAGCGGAUCAAACUUUGACUUGCUUUGACUCGAACAAGUGGCUCCAACAAAUUACGAUAGACUUUUUCUACAUUUACACAAAAUUUUUCUAUUAUAAUCAAAAUAGAAAAAAUAGUGUCACACACACACAACAACACAAAAAAAUUGUGUGCUAAUUAUUUUGUGUUUUUAAUUUUCUAUAUAAUUAUAAAAUAUAUUUUUAUAAAAGUUUAAAAACUUGUGUUACAUAAUUUAUUGAUUAUAAAUUUUAUCAUUAAUUAAUUUAUAAAUAAAUAGAUAAAAUUAAUCAAAUAAAAAAAUAUAUUAUUGUUUAUAAAUUUAUCAGAUAAAAAAUUUUAUACAUCAAAUAUGUUUUUAAUUAAAAAUAAAAACAGUAUUUUACUUGCAACAAGUGGAGCAAGAUCAAAUAUUUUAAAUAUGUCAACAAAUUUUGUUGCUAAAUCUAUGAUUGUUAAAAAAGAAGAAGUUGUUAGAUUUAUCAAAGAUUGUAUGAUAAAAGCUGGUGCAAAUAAUGAUGAUUCAAUAAUUGUUGCUGAUCAUUUAAUGACUGCUGAUUAUCGUGGACAUUUUAGUCAUGGAAUGAAUAGAGUACCAAUGUAUGUUACAGAUAUACAAAAAAAAUUAACGGAUCCAAUUGCUAGACCGCAAAUCAUCAAUGACUAUCAGGCAAUUGCAUUGGUUGAUGGACAAAAUGGUUUAGGUCAAGUUAUUGGUAAAUACUCAAUGGAAUUGGCAAUUGAUAAAGCUAAAAAAUUUGGCAUUGGAAUGGUAUCAACACGUGGAUCAAAUCAUUAUGGUAUAUGUGGUUAUUACACAUUAAUGGCAGCAAAUGAGGGUCUAAUUGGUUUUAGCUGUACAAACACAAGCCCACUUCAAGUACCAACAAGAAGUUGUGAAUCAGCACUUGGUACAAAUCCAUUAUCAAUUGCAAUGAAAAGUAAUAAUGAUGAAUUUGUAUUGGACAUGGCAACAACAGCUGUUGCAUUAGGAAAAAUUGAAAUAGCAUCAAGAAAGAAUGAAAAAAUACCAGAUGGUUGGGCAUUUGAUAAAAUUGGUAACAUGACAAAUGAUGCAAAUGAAGCAUUAGAAAGUGCUAGAUUAUUACCACUUGGUGGUAUUGAAAAUAAUUCUGGUUACAAAGGUUAUGGUCUUGCGGUUAUGGUUGAAAUUUUAUGUGGUAUAAUUAGUGGUAGUAAAUUUGGACCAAAUAUACGUAAUUGGAAAACUUCAGAUGGUAUUGCUGAUCUUGGUCAUUGUUUUAUUGCAAUAAAUCCAAAUGUAUUUUGUCCAGGUUCACAUGAUAGAAUGAAUAAACUUCUAGAUCAACUUCGAGGUAUGCCAACAAAUUCAAAUGAACGUGUUAUGGUUGCUGGUGAUCCAGAAAACGCAUCAAUUAAACAUGUUGAUCAAGUUGGAGGUAUUACAUAUCAUGAAAAUCAAAUUAAAGCUUGUAAUGAAUUGGCUGAGACACUUGGUGUCAUGAAACUUCAAUUGAAUCAAAUUUAAAUUUAUUAUUUUACUAUCUAAUUUGUUUUUUUUUUUUUUUUUUGUAAUUUAACAAUUGAAUGAACAAUAAAUUAUUGAUCAAUUAAAAAUAUAUUUUCCAAUUGAUUAGCUUGAUAUGAUUGAUAGAUUUUAACACGUCAAUGAUUAUUUUUUAUUGAUGAUGAUGAUGAUUUUGUGGUAAUUAAAAAUGCAGCAAUAAAUUUUACGCAAUGUAUUUUGUUAGCCUUGAUUUUAUCUUUUUUCAUUUAUGAUCUUAUUAUUUUUUAAUCUCAAAGAGAAAUAUUUAAAUAAUAAUUUUAAGGAUUUCAUUUUUUUUUGUUUGGUCAUUGAUAAUGUAAUGGUAAACAAGUGGGUGAUAGAGGGUGGAUGACAUUUAGCCUUGCAAAUACAUGACAAACAAACUGGUCAAAGAGUUAUCAUCAUUUAGCCUUCGGAACUUUCCCUCUUCUUUUUUAAAUUUAUUUUUAUAAUUUUAAUUUGCAGCUAGAUAAAUAAAUAAUAAAUAAAAAUUAUUAUAUUAUUUAUUUAUAUAUUUUAUCAAGCAGUAAAAUUUUAUUUUAUUUUAUUUUAUUUUAUUUGUAAAAUAAAAUUUACUCUUUGAUGGGUUUAAAUUUAAUUUAUGUAUAUAAUUUGUAUCAAUGGGGGUCAGAGAACUCGAUUUAUUUAAAGGAAAAAUUAAAUAUAAUUUAAAUUAAUUUUUAUAUAUUUUAUUGAAUAAUGCUAUUAUAAAUUAAAACAAAUAUUGAUAUUUUUGAAUUUAAUUUACGUUAUAUUUACUGCACCAUGAUUUAUUUAUUUAUUCUAGUCGGUAAAAUAUUCUAAGCGGCAAAUCUUUUGAAAAAUAUUAAAAAAUAUAAAUUAAAAAAUUUCUACCAAGAUAAAAUCGAAACGAAAAAUUAUUUAAAGCUCAGUAGAAAUUUUAAUUACGAGCUGAUAUUACCAGCAAGUUGUAAAAUGAUUUGUUUAAAUUUUAAUGAACAUCAUGAUGACCAUGUCGAUGAUGAUGAUGAUGUUGAUGAGGUAGGUGAUGGAAAAAACAAGUAGCAAUAUAUUUAAGAUAAAGACAAAUAAAUAAUUCAUGUGUGAAAAUAAAAUAAAAAAAGAAGAGACGUGUCAAGUGGUCGAGGAGGUCAUUUUGACCAAUAUGAUAACUUGAUAACUAAACUCGUGACUUUGAAGUGAGCUUCCUAUUCUGUAUGUGACUGAUGUUUUUUGUUCAUUUUAUAUUAUACAAACUACACUGUCUCCAAAAGGAAGUAACCCAUUAUAUCACAAACAUUACUGUCUCAAUGAAACCUACACAUUAAUCAACUAAAUAAAUAUUUAUUUUAACAAAUUAAAUAAUAUAAAAUAUCCAUCAUACUUAAUAAUAAAUAUAUAUUAUUAAAAUAUAAAUAAAUAUUUAAUUGACAAUAAUCAUUAUAGAAUUAAUUUAUCAGGAAGUAAAUAUUUUUUUUCAAAUCGAAAUAAUGUUUGUUUUUUAUUUUUUUAUUAAAUUAUGAUAUGGAGAUGAAAAAAA